ACACAUUCGUAUUGGAUCGAUUGGAUUGUUCACUUUUGCUUUUCUAGUUGUUCUAUCUUGUUUCUUGGUGAGUAAACAAGCUGAACUCACAUGUUUACUGAUGGUAAUGAAGGCUCGGGGAUGCUGAGGUGAGUCAAUACAAGAGAGAAUACAACCGAAAUGCGGCGAGAACAACUUAGAGCCAAGGCUGAGAAUCUGAAAGAAAAACUUAUUGGUCAAAUAGAAGACAAUUUUAAUUCAAGUUUAAACAAUUUGUUCGAUGAUAUUCUAGCGGAUAACAGUAACGGAGCAAGGAAUGGAGGAGUCGGUGAGCAGAUCUCGUCUAGAAACCAUAUGGAUGCAAGAAAAGUUUUCAAAGAGAGGCAGUCGUUGCUCACAGAACUACUUGAAGUUUCUCAUAUUCGAACUAUUUACAACAUAUUUGUUGCAAUACUUAUCGUCUUCAGCUUAAACACACUAGCGUAUGAUUACAUUGAACACGGCAGGUUGGUUGUAGAUUUCUCAAUUAUAUUCUGGGCUUUUGGUAACGUAUCUGUAGUUGUUGUCACGUGGUUACUAAUGCAGAUCCAAACACUCCUGGCGUAUCCAUUGUUUAUUGGUUGGGUUUCCACUCGCUCAACUACAACAAGAAUCGUUGACUUCAUUUGGUUGGGAAUUUUUUUUCUUUAUCUUGUCGUUUUGUUUCUAUUUCCUCUCAAUGCGAUCAGCAAUAAUCAACUACCGCCUGUGUCCAGGGUCAUCCUCGUUAUGGAACAGAUUCGUUUUUACCUGAAAAUGCACGCUUUUGUCAGGGAAGUUGCUCCACGUAUUAUUGCUGCAGAUAACAGAGUUAAUGAUAAAAAGAACAGUGAUGAUGAAAAAACGGAUGAUGAUGAAGGAUAUGAUGAUGACGUCAGGAUGAAAGCUAAUAACAACAUUCCUGGCUUUAGUCAGUUUCUCUACUUUCUGUUUGCUCCAACUCUAGUUUACAGAGAUUCAUACCCACAAACGCCUAAGGUCCGCUGGAAAUAUGUCGUCUCCAACUUUGCGCAAGUUGUUGGAUGCGUUUUUUACACUUACUACAUUUUUGCUCGUUUCUGUGUACCUGUUUUUAGAGACACAGGAAAGAAUCCUCCGAAUUUAAAGAGUUUUGUACUCUCUGUUUUUAAUGCUAUGCUACCGGGAACUCUGGUUUUGGUCUUAGGAUUCUUUUGUAUCCUACAUUCAUGGUUGAAUGCUUUUGCUGAGAUGAUGAAAUUUGCUGAUAGAAUGUUUUACAGGGAUUGGUGGAAUGCAUCGUCGUAUGCUGAUUAUUACCGGACUUGGAAUGUUGUUGUUCAUGAUUGGUUGUAUGCUUAUUUUUACAGAGACUUUUACUGGCUCUUCUAUGGAAAUCGUAGCGUCGCUAUGAUUGCGACAUUCUUCCUUUCCGCCAUUGUUCAUGAAUACAUCCUAAUUGUUACAUUCAACUUCUUCUUUCCCAUCCUUUUCAUCAUGUUCUUCGGUAUUGGAGUUUCAUUUGUAUUUCUGAAACCGAAGAAAGGAAGCAAUGUCUCCCCUGCAUGGAAUGUGUUUAUGUGGGUGACCAUUAUCAUUGGUAGUGGUUUACUGAUGGUACUUUACUGCUUAGAAUGGUAUGCUGUACAGGACAACCCAAAAAACAACGACUCAUUGAUGGAAAUCCUAACGCCAAGAUCAUGGGCACUAAUUUCAAAAUAGAGCCCAAAUACAUGCAAAUGGUUAUGCAUAGAUCAUGGGCACCUCGAUGGGCACUAAUUUCAAAACAGAGCUCAAAUACAUGUCAAUGUAUAUGAUAAUAUGAAAGCCCAGUUUUCAUAUGAGUUCAACCGCCAUGUUCGCUUUUAUGAAAUUUCCAGCAUAGCGAUCCACGCAGCAAUGAUUUUAUGUGCACACAACUAGGUAUGUAUUGUAUUAGACUCUGAGAUAUAUAUUAAAGUUUCUUAUUGAUAAUAGUGCGAUAUGCGUAAUGCGUGGCUAAGUUAGGGGUGUUGAAAAACCGAACCGAAAGGGAUUGUUUUAUUUUACAUACAAGUCCAGACUUUUGACAUGGCUGUAAAUGAAGAAAAAGUGAAAAUCAGGCUUAAAUUCAUUUUAGCACCGUGGUCAUAAUAAUGUGUGGUCUAGCGUACUGUACCACCCUCAUAUGUAAAGGCCCAUUUACACUAUGCGAUUUCUCGUAUACAAUUCUUACCCUGGCGUAUGUGAACGUAUGAACACACGUACAAACGUGACACUUUAAAUUCCACCCUGAACAAAAUUGAAUGAGGAUUGUGGCAUAGGCCCUCUUUUGCAUUCAUCAGAAUUGCAUACUUGCAUAGUCUAAAUAGGCCUUAUGGUGAACAAGGACAACUCAUUCCAAUCUUUUUGUGAAAGUUAUGUUUUGGGUAAAUAUAAUAAUUAAAGAGGAAUAUAAUAUCACUGAUCUAUUUUUCUGUACAAGAUUUCCAAAAAGAGUCAAAUCAUAGAAAUAAUAGGAACCUUGUAAAUUUUCACUCUUCCUAUAUGUACUGUAUUUAACUAUUUAUUUGGUGUAGAACAUUACAAACAGUGUAUGAGUGUUAUAUUAAACAGAUACUGAAACCAUUGUUCA